GCCAUCUUAGCAAAUCCAGGGCGCCCGCGCUGGCCUUUCGAACGGUUUCCUUUCCGCAUUAUUAUCAGCGAUUGACGGAAUGCGCACUCUAUUUUUCAGCGUUGUCGUUGCGCUCAUAUCACAAGCUUUGGUGUCCGCAGAGCUCCCAGACCCAUGUCUCCAAAAACCCGAAAUUGGGCCAUGCAGAGCACGUUUCCUUCGGUAUUACUUUGACCAAACGGAAGGAACAUGCAAAGAGUUUACAUGGGGUGGCUGCCAAGGUUCAGUACCAUUUGAUAGCAUCGAAGACUGCCGAGAAGUCUGCGGGUCUUCUCAGCCCACUGGGACCCCGAACUAUACAGCACCUGACCGAACUCACAUAACAUGUGUAGAUAAUCCUUGCGGCCCCGGAGAUACAUGUGUGGAUGAGCGGUAUCCUAUCGCUUGCUUUGUUGCUCCGUGUCCUAAAUAUCGCUGUUACAAGAAUGCAGAGUCUUCCACAUAACAUUGCUUAAUGGUAUUACAAGUCUAUGGAUUUACAGUGUCUGUAGUUAAUUGAAGUUUUUGAAACGUGAGCGCAAUACCUUGUGUAUCGAAACGUCGUCUGGUUUUUUCAUGACAUU